UCUCUCGCCUCGAUCGAAGGGGAGAAGCCCGAUAGACAGGAGAAUCUCGAGAUGGCGAUCCGGAGGAGGCCUCCUCUCGCCGCCGCGCUCGCUGCGGCGCUCGCCGUCGUCUCGAUCGUCUCCGCCGAUGUCUACUUCGAGGAGCGAUUCGGAGAUGGAUGGGAGAAUCGGUGGGUCAAAUCUGACUGGAAGAAGGAUGAGAACACGGCUGGAGACUGGAACUACACCUCUGGCAAAUGGACUGGCGAUCCAGAGGAUAAAGGUAUCCAAACUGCUGAAGACUAUAGAUUCUAUGCCAUUUCGGCAGAGUUCCCCGAGUUCAGCAACAAGGACAAGACAUUAGUUUUGCAAUUCUCAGUUAAACAUGAGCAGAAACUUGACUGUGGAGGUGGUUAUAUUAAGCUGCUUAGUGGUGAAGUUGAUCAGAAGAAAUUUGGUGGAGAUACUCCUUACAGUAUUAUGUUUGGACCAGAUAUCUGUGGGUAUACAACGAAGAAGGUUCAUGCCAUCUUCUCACGGGAUGAAAAGAACCACUUAAUCAAGAAGGAUGUUCCAUGUGAGACUGAUCAGCUCACUCAUGUUUACACUUUCAUUGUUCGCUCGGAUGCUACAUACAGCAUCCUUGUUGAUAACAAGGAGAAGCAAACAGGUAGCUUAUAUAGUGAUUGGGAUAUCCUUCCUCCAAAGCAAAUCAAGGAUCCUGAUGCCAAGAAGCCAGAAGAUUGGGAUGACAAGGAGUACAUCCCUGAUCCUGACGACAAGAAACCAGAGGGGUAUGAUGACAUUCCCAAGGAGAUUCCUGAUCCUGAUGCAAAAAAGCCAGAAGAUUGGGAUGAAGAAGAAGAUGGUGAAUGGACAGUUCCAACCAUUCCAAACCCCGAGUACAAGGGACCCUGGAAGCAAAAGAAAAUUAAGAAUCCUGACUACAAGGGGAAGUGGAAGGCACCAAUGAUUGAUAAUCCAGAUUUCAAGGAUGACCCGUUCAUCUACGCUUUCUCCAACUUGAGAUACGUAGGCAUCGAGUUAUGGCAGGUCAAAUCUGGGACUCUGUUUGACAACAUAUUGGUCUGUGAUGACCCUGAGUAUGCAAUGAAAUUUGCUGAAGAAACAUGGGGCAAGAAUAAAGAUGCUGAGAAGGCAGCAUUUGAUGAGGCUGAGAAAAACAAGCAAGAAGAGGAAGCCAAAGAUGAAGAUUCAGAUUUAGAUGGCGAAGACACGGAAGAUGCAGAAGAUGAUGCUGAUUCAAAGUCUGAUUCAGACGCAGAAGAAGAAAAGGAGACUACUCACGACGAGCUUUAGAUGGAGUCGUCGGAGUCUACCGCAAUUAUUCACCCGUGCAUCAGUUUACAGGAAAUUCGAUUGGCUAGUCAGUGAAACUUUAGUUUCUUGAGUUCUCACUCUUAGAGAGAGACAACAUAGAGCAUGGUUGCUCUUUUUGUGUGUCGCACAACUCGAAAUCUUAGUUGCAUUGAGUCUAUCUUUGAGUUCAAGUGAAUGAAUCAUGUUCUUUUGUUUAUCUUCUAA